GGUUAGCUUCUGUAUAGAAUAAUUUUGUUUGCUUUGUCUGCUUUUUGACAGUUGCGUUCAUCCAGGAAUUUCCAAUAAAAUGCAGGACGACCACGCGGUUCCCUCAACCUCCAGACAGACCGGAGAGAUCACGCAAAUUCCCUGUUUUAGCGAGUACAGCCGAAAUCCGUACAUCAACUUCUCGCGCACCUAUCAUCGGAAGGGACGCCCCGCUAGUGAGACUAUCAAGGAAGCAGCCAGGGAUUGGAGGCGACUUUCUUCUGAGGAAAAGGAACUCUAUCGGCGACAAGCGGAAGCAGCUCCAUAUCGCGCUGUAACCCGACACAAAACGUUAAGCCGAAUUAUCAAGCUACUGAAUCCUCCACCGAAUAAAAGUGAGGAUCAGAAAAAGCAUCCAAACAGAGUUCAAAGUCUUCUCAAAGUAAGAAAAAUCGUUCAGCGCUGGAAACUCCAAUCACAUCGUUCCACAAUAUUUCAAGCAACUACUGGGCAAACAACGAGAAGACCUCCUAAACAAAGUGAUCAAAAUUACGUUGAUUGUAAUAAAAUCAAAUACUAACCCAAGAAAAAUAACACAACUAAAAGCAGACAAAACAAAAACCGUGGCCUUUAUAACAGGUUUAUAAUCGUGGAAAGAUAAGCUCUGCUUACAGUCUUUUUUCUUUCUCCAUUGGUCGGCUUACGAUCGACCUCCAUCAUACUAACCUUACGUGAUUCGUGAGAUGUUCCUUUCGGGUAAAAGUUUUGCCACAGUAGGGACAGCGGUACGGUGAUUCUCCGGUGUGCUGACGCACGUGGUUAGUCAGAUGCUCCUUCCUGGUGAAGCUUUUCGCGCAGUAACUGCACUUGAACGGCGAUUCCCCCUGCGGAUGCUGCUGGCGAAUGUGGUUUACUGAAAAACAACAGAGCUCCCAGAUUAGCGAACCAGAAGACUGGUAACAGCAACAAAACAGAAGUACAUCUCCGGUGAAUCUUUCCGUAGGAAAGUUAGACGAAAGUGAGUUCGG